AUGGCGGCCCAGCGCACUGAGCGCGAUGGGCCACUUGUUGUUGCUGCUCCGCGCGAGUGGGCCGCGACGGGCCAUUUCUUCCCGCUCGCAUCAUAUGAGUUCUCUAAAGACAUCGAUAAGAAAAUUGUUCUAGAUUUUUCAUCAUGGACUUUCAAUGUUACUACAUCGGUUGGAAUCAUCAUGGUCUACAAAGCUUUAAUGGCUCAUGGAUUUAGUUUUGCUACAACAUUAACCAGGCUUCAUUUUUUGACUACCACCUUGAUGACUAUCGUAUUUUUGUGGUUAGGCCUGAGCCAUCCCUCCCACUUACCGGUAACAGAUCUGAUUAAAUUUGUCAUAUUUUCAAACUUGUCGAUUUUUGGGAUGAAUGUGAGCUUGCUGUGGAAUUAUGUGGGCUUUUAUCAGAUAACAAACCUGUGCAUGAUACCUGCAUCAUGUCUUCUGGAGGUUGUCUUUGACCAUGUACAUUAUUCCCAGGACACAAUGCUGAGCAUAAUGAUUUUGCUUAUAGGAGUUGCAAUAUGCACAAUUACUGAUGUCACUGUGAGAGCAAGAGGUCUUAUUGCGGCUGUUCUAGCUAUUGGGAGCAUAGUUUUGUAA